ACCCCGAUGAGGGUCCUGCGGCGGGAGCGAUUCGAAGCCGGGAAAUCUGCUUGCUAGAAAACGGCUCUGCUGCGCCGCCGUUUACCGGUGUUAAACACGAGAUCAGGGUAAACGUACCGGGCGGGGACCUUCCGCACGUCACACGUAGUACAGCAGUGGCGGGAGCGGGAGCGGGAGCGGGACCGGGAGCGGAGCCGACACCCUCCGGGUUACAGGUCACCGGCGUCCCCAAGCCCAGCGCCGCGGGCGCUCGGAGGGGGAGCGGAGGAAGCCCAGAUCCGAACCCGAAGCCCUCCGCGUUGACGUCGGGUCCGAACCCCGAGGAGCAGUCCGCGGUGCCGUAACGACGGACGGAGGAUGAGAGGCCCGUCGCGUUUCUCCCUGUCCCGAAGUCUGACGUCCGGAAAAAUAAAAAUAUACAAGUUCGGAAAGACGCUCUUUAACGCCAGAUCGCAAUAUUAAUCGGUUAAUUUAAGAGAGGAAUAAUCCUCCUUUGCUGUGGCGCGACAGGACGUGGCUUCGAUCCCCGCUCGGUCCGUGUGCAGUUUGCGUGUUCUCCCCGUGUCCGCGUGGGUUUCCUCCGGGUGCUCUGGUUUCCUCCCACAGUCCACAGACGCGCCGUUCGUCGCGUUUACGAAUACUAUGACCCGGCGGUACGGUACAUAGUGCGCGCAGCGAGAACAGGAACGGACCCGACGCGGAGCCCCGAGGCACGCCGCGCCGCCGGAUCUCGGCACAAAACGUAGGAACGGAACCGCUUGAGCGCAGCGUCCGUCUGCCGAGGGAGAGACCGUGGUCGACGGCGUCAAGUGCAGGGCCGGCUGGCCGCGUCCCGCUUAGAGCCGCUGCCUUCGGGCCGCAAGGUCGCAAGGUCGCGCGUUUGAAUCCCUCGUCCGGCCUCGGUUACUCUAGUAAGGACACGGCUAGCUUGCAGGAAUGGGUAAACGCAGCGACGUGAGGACCGAGGAAUGACCAGCGCGAGCCGAUGUAGAAGUAACAUUAACCACACACGCGAGGACGGUUGGAGGACCAGAGCGGAAGCCAGACUGAAAGUUUUCAAUAUGGAUUAUGAUAAUUAAGGUACUUUGCAGGUUGAGAAGCUACAGUCUUCUUUUUUAAAGAAAUGGACAAAAACAGCAGGUCAUUCGUCGUUUCGUUACGGUCGAGGUCCGAUUUUCAGCAGCGGUCCAGCGAUCGCGAAAUAAAUAACGUGUUCAAUGAAAAUGGAAAUUGCAGCUUUGAGUAAUUUAGCAGAGACCGACUGAGUCCGAAGGACAAGUAACAGGUUUCAUAGAGCGGGAAAUUUCCUUUCUAGCGAUUCAGUUAAAGUUCCCGACACGCUGUUAUCACGUAAUAUAGCGUUUAAUACAAUCGUAAUAUUAUUAUGGGAGGCCAGCUCCCCCAGCGUUGAACAACGAGCGACACGCUCACCUCCUCCACUUUAUUGUUUAGGAACGGCUGCUACUACUCUACUGCACAUUUACAUGAUGCAUUUAGCAGACGCUUUUCUCCAAAGCAAUGCACAUCUCAGCAAAAAUACAGAUUUCUACUGUACACGACUUACCUAAUGGGUCACUCAUCCAUGCAUCGGUGGAACACGCGCACUCCGUCACUCACUCACGCUACGGAGGGGAACCUGCACGUUGUCACUCGUGUGCUGAUGACACUCGCUUAUAUGUUUUAAUUAAGCCCGAUGACCCGUCGCGUUUUGUGUCUUGAGAAAAUUGUUUCACUAAUAUAAAAUCGCGGACCGCCACUGAAAAUGAGGUACCGGUGCCGGGGGGCGCUGCAGAAACCCUCGACGCGGUCACAUCGGCGCGUAGCGUCACGGAUGGAGUUUCGCCUUCGGGACUUGGGGGUUUGCAUCAUUUAAAGAGCGCCGCUGCUAGGAUUGUCAGGAGAACUAGCGGACGUGCGACCGCACGACAGCGGCUGCGGCCCGACAGAUGAGCGUGUUGGGUUAGGAUUAGGGUUAGGGUGCUGGGGCCCCUAGGAGCCGGAGCAUCGCACGUAAAUAGUCGCACAGCUGCCCAAGGGUCUGCGAGGGACCGGAGAGGGGCGAGUUGCUGGCCGAUGGAGACGCUUGAUGGAGAUGCGGGUCCAAGAGCAACAGGGCUUCUUGGACUCGUCGCUUCUCGGUAUUUGGGCCCAGCCUCAGGCGUCCUGCUGAAGCACAGAUGGAUACUAACUCUUGACUCUCUCCUCCAGCUCGCAGGACAUGGAUGGAAGGAGUCCUUACUUUCCUUCUUUGGUAAACUCUCUUCUUCGCGGUGUGUGCGGAAGCCUUUCUUUUACUCAGAUCUGUGUUAUUACAGCGUCAUUCGCCUUUGCGCUUUCUUUGCCUAGAACUUGAGCCAUUCUCCUCACCUUGUUCACCUGCUCCUGUCUGUUACUGGCGGUCCAGUUAAUUCUCUGCGCUCCAACUUUCUUUUAUACUGCCUCGGGGCUUACCGAAAAGAUGGACAAGCAGCUCGACCAAUUACUGAGCGCUGAGAUCUCCAACUGACCAAUAGUGCAUUGGCUGCAUUGCGGUGGGUGGGCCUUGCUGAAGGUGGCUGACUGAACAAUGGCGCGUUGACCGAACUCCCGGUGCCCAGGUAGUUUCCGGAAGAAAGCGAACGUGUCUGACCAAUGGCGUGCUGGCCGAAAGCGCAGUGGCUCUGCGCUUCCGGAAGGUGGGACCUUUAGCUGACCAAUCACAUGUUGGCAGGACGCCCGCCGGGCGGAAGCUCCCGGAAGGUGGGUCCUAUGCGUGACUAAUAGCGUUUCUGGGAUCGUCAAGUGGGCGGGACGUUCUGGCGCGUCUGUUCUGCGACGGACCAAUGACGUGUCGGCAGAGCACCGGUGGGCGGUCCUCGCUCUGCUGCAGUUCGUGUGCGCCCCACAAUAGCCGGAGACGCCGGGGCAAGUUUGCGGCGAAGAAAGGAGGGCGUCCGGGCGGCCGAACGGAACGGAACGGAACGGAACGGAACGGAACGGAACGGAACGCGUGUGCGAGAUCGCAGGAGGAACCUGGGAAAUCUGGGCUUGCCCGGCGGAGGGAGGGAGCGAGCCGAGAGCGAGCGAGCGCGUGCAGGAGGAGGAGGAGAAGGUGAGGAGGUGAGGCACCACUUCAUUGGUCUGCCUGCUCGAGAGGUCAUCUCCGGUUGGUCGCCCGGCCCCUCCGCGGUAGGAGCUCCCGAUCGGCCGAGCUCCCCCCACGCAGACGUCGCAGCUGAAGAUGUCCGACAACGGGGAGGUGGAGGACAAGCCGCCGGCGCCACCUAUGCGCAACACCAGCACCAUGAUCGGGGCCUGUGGAAAGGACACGGGAGCCCCCCACCACGGGUCCAAGCCCCUGCCCCCCAACCCCGAGGACAAGAAGAAGAAGGACCGCUCGAUUCGCUCCAUCCUCACCGGAGGAGGAGACAAGACCAAGAUGAAGAAGGAACGUCCCGAGAUUUCGCUGCCGUCCGACUUUGAGCACACAAUCCACGUGGGCUUCGAUGCUGUUACCGGCGAGUUCACGGGCAUGCCGGAGCAGUGGGCGCGUCUCCUUCAGACCUCUAACAUCACCAAGUUGGAGCAGAAGAAGAACCCACAAGCUGUGCUCGAUGUCCUCAAGUUCUAUGACUCGAAGGAGACGUCCAACAGUCAGAAGUACAUGAGCUUCACAGACAAAACGACAGAGAGCUACACUACGUCCAACGCUCUGAGCUCCAAGGCCGUGUCGGAGACCCCCGCUGUGGCCACUGUGUCCGAGGACGAGGAGGAGGAUGAGGCCACCCCCCCACCGGUGAUAGCGCCACGACCAGAGCACACCAAGUCGAUAUAUACCCGCUCGGUCAUCGAACCCCUCCCUGCAGCCCCCACCAAAGAUGCGGCCAGCUCACCCACCUCGCCCCCUGCCGAGAGCAGCGGCCCCGCCCCCGCCCCCUCAAGCAGUCCCCCCUGUGGCGCCGAUAAAACCCGAAAGAAAACCAAGAUGACUGAUGAGGAGAUUCUGGAAAAGCUGCGGAGCAUCGUGAGUGUGGGUGACCCCAAGAAGAAGUACACACGCUUCGAGAAGAUCGGCCAGGGGGCCUCUGGAACAGUGUACACAGCAAUAGACGUCGCCACAGGCCAAGAGGUCGCCAUCAAGCAGAUGAACCUGCAGCAGCAGCCCAAGAAGGAGCUGAUCAUCAACGAGAUCCUGGUGAUGAGAGAAAACAAGAACCCCAACAUCGUCAACUAUCUGGACAGCUACCUGGUGGGCGACGAGCUGUGGGUGGUGAUGGAGUACUUGGCUGGAGGCUCCCUGACGGAUGUUGUGACGGAGACCUGCAUGGACGAAGCCCAGAUCGCUGCUGUGUGCAGAGAGUGUCUCCAAGCGCUGGAGUUCCUGCACUCGAACCAGGUGAUCCACCGAGACAUAAAGAGCGACAACAUCCUGCUGGGGAUGGACGGCUCCGUGAAGCUCACGGACUUUGGCUUCUGUGCCCAGAUCACUCCCGAGCAGAGCAAGCGCAGCACCAUGGUGGGCACCCCUUACUGGAUGGCCCCUGAGGUCGUGACCCGCAAGGCCUAUGGCCCCAAGGUGGACAUCUGGUCCCUGGGCAUCAUGGCCAUCGAGAUGAUCGAAGGGGAACCGCCGUACCUCAAUGAGAACCCGCUGAGGGCCCUGUAUCUUAUAGCGACCAACGGGACUCCGGAGCUGCAGAACCCCGAGAAGCUUUCUCCGGUUUUCCGAGACUUUCUCAAUUGCUGCCUGGAGAUGGAUGUGGAGAAGAGGGGUUCGGCCAAGGAGCUGCUGCAGCACCAGUUCCUGAAGGUGGCCAAGCCGCUCUCGAGCCUCACACCCCUCAUCCUGGCGGCCAAGGAGGCGACAAAGAACAGUCGCUAGCUGCCCACACGGGGCACCGCCCCCUCCUCCUGUAUCGGGCCCAGUGUCGAGCCCACCGCAGCUCAACAGGGGGUUUGCGAAGCCCCCCCACCGUGGGCGAGCUCGGGAGCCUCAUGGCCCCGCCUCCACAGCACCCCUGGGAUGAUGGGACUGCGGGCCCCCGAGCACCAGGCCCUGGUGUGGGACACCGACAGUCCUCCGCAGUCAUCCCUCCUUCCUCUUCUCUUUGCCUUUUUAAUUCACUUUGUUCACUUGUUUGUUUGAAUGUAGCGUAGCUGAAGGUACGAGAGCUGGUGUCGUUUCCGUCAACAACGCUCACAAACGAGGGUGAUGUGCCAGUGCAUAGCAGCAGUGUGCAUGUCAACUUUUUAAAAGAAAUCAAGCUUAUGACACCAGUUAUGACUAUAAUAAUGCAAAAAAAUCAUACCUGUAUUAUUAUUA